ACGUCAUCAGAAAUUAUUUAUGACGUUUAAAGAGACAUUGCGUUAUUACUGCGUUAAAGUUCCUGUGCAUCAAUCUCGUUGCAAUAAUUUAUAAAAAUCGUAUCCGCGAUUUGACACACUUGCUUAUCAACCGCCGAAAGUGCAGCGUAUAUUUACGUAAACGUCAACAAAAAUAUGGCGCUGGUCUACGCUAGACUUCUCUGCCGGCGUAAUGUCGAUUUUCGACAUUUCCGAAGCAUAUACACAUGCAGCCCUCUCAGCUCCACGGUUUCGAAACCGUUACUUUCGAGCGCGACAUGCGAAUCCCACGACGAGAAGAACAUGCGUCUGAAGAGACCGUUAUCGCCGCACAUGACCAUCUAUCAAAUUCAGUUAACGACGGUGCUCUCAAUAACGCAUCGCACUACUGGUAUUAUGCUCGCCAGUUACGCAAUGUUCCUUGGUUUAGGCACGUUGUUUAUACCCGGCGGUAUCCCCUGUUUUAUAGAAACAGUGGAUAAUUUGUGCUUGCCUUUGCCUGUACUGUUCGCUGGCAAAAUGUUACUUGCGCUGCCUGCUACUUAUCACUUGUUCAAUGGAAUACGUCAUUUGGCUUGGGAUUUGGGAAUGUUUCUAUCGAUUAAAAAAGUGUAUAGCACUGGAUAUGUGGUAUCUGCCCUGGCAGCAAUCUCCGCACUUGCACUUGCAGCGAUGUAAGUGACGUACAUUCUUCAGGAAACAAUUCUUUAAAAUUAGUUGUAUCAUCAUAUUAUAUUAUAACUACAUUGAAUUAAUGCCUCAAUUACGGAAUAAAAUAAUUUAUUAGACCUUA